CAAGAUGAGUAAAAUCAACAGAGACUCGCUUCGUGAGUCAAUUGAUGCUGUACUCAAGUAUUCCAAUGAAACCAAGAAACGCAAGUUCACGGAAUCAAUUGAGCUACAAAUUGCCUUGAAGAACUAUGAUCCCCAGAAGGACAAACGUUUUGCUGGAACAAUCAAAUUGCGUAACAUCCCCAAGCCCAAGAUGAAGGUCUGUGUUCUUGGUGAUCAAGUCCUUUGUGAUCAGGCUACGGCAAACGACUUGCCCCAUAUGGAUAUUGAAGCUCUAAAGAAACUCAACAAAGACAAAAAGCUUGUGAAAAAAUUAGCCAAGAAGUAUGACGCCUUCCUUGCUUCCGAGUCUCUGAUCCGUCAAAUUCCCAGAGUUCUAGGGCCGGGUUUGAACAAGGCUGGCAAGUUCCCCGCACCAAUUACCCACAAUGACAGUCUUAAUGACAGACCAUAG